CAGGUCACACUCGACGAUGUCACUGUCUGUGCGCCCGCAGCGCCGAGUCCUCGUCACCAAGAUCAAUAGGAGCCAGUCCUUCGCCGGAGUGAACUCGACGGCCGAUCGCCCCUUCAGGAACCUCUCGCCCUUCACCCCCACCGUCUCCCGCAAGACUGGCUCCAGGGUCAGUAGGAUGUUCUCAAUGUCCCACAAAUCGCCACCACCCAAGGUGCCUCAGCCCAACCGCCUGGACGAGGUGUACGAAGCUCUCAAGAAGGGCCUGACAGCCUACCUGGAGGUGCACCAGCUGGAACUGGAGAAGCUCAGCACCCAAAUCCGUGAGUCCAAGAGGAAUUCACGCCUGGGCUUUCUCUACGAUCUGGAUAAGCAAGUGAAGUCGAUCGAGCGCUUCCUGCGUCGCCUGGAGUUUCACGCUAGCAAGAUAGAUGAGCUCUACGAGGCUUAUUGCAUCCAGCGGCGGCUCCGCGAUGGAGCCCACAACAUGGUCAAGGCUUACAGCACGGGCUCGCCGGGCAGCCGGGAGGCACGUGAGAGCCUGGCGGAGGCCAGCAAGGGCUACAAGGAGUACACGGAGAACAUGUGCCUGUUGGAGAACGAGCUGGAGAGCCAGCUGGGCGAGUUCCACAUCCGGAUGAAAGGACUGGCAGGCUUUGCCCGGCUCUGUGCUGGUGACCAGUAUGAGAUCUUCAUGAAGUACGGACGGCAGCGGUGGAAGCUGCGGGGGCGCAUCGAGGUGAACAGCAAGCAGGUGUGGGACAGCGAGGAAAUGGUUUUCUUGCCCCUCGUCACUGAGUUCCUCUCCAUCAAGGUGACGGAGCUAAAGAGCCUGGCCAACCACGUUGUGGUGGGCAACGUGUCCUGUGAGACCAAGGACCUCUUUGCGGCUCUGCCCCAGGUAGUGGCUGUGGAUAUCAACGACUUGGGCACCCUCAAACUCAGCCUGGAGGUCACCUGGAACCCCUUCGACAAGGAUGACCAGCCCUCGGCAGCCAGCACUGUCAACAAGGCCUCCACGGUCAAUAAGAGGUUCUCCACCUACAACCAGAGCCCGCCCGACACGCCGUCCCUGCGGGAACAGGCUUUCUAUAACAUGCUGCGGCGCCAGGAGGAGCUGGAGAACGGCACGGCCUGGUCCAUCUCCUCCGAGUCCUCGGACGACUCCUCCAGCCCCCAACUGUCCGGCAGCGCCCGCCAUGCCGCGCACAAGCCCAUCGUGCAGCCUGAGGUGCAGGCCUCCGCCCCCGCCAUCGAGAUCUCCUUCUCCCAGCAGCCGGAGGAGGCCGGAGCCGGGCCCGGGGCUGGGGGCAUGGGCAUUGCCCCUAACUGGAGCCAGACCCCCGUGGAGGAAAGCCCCGUCAUGGCCCCACUGCUGGCUGCCGGUGUCCCCGAGGUGCCGCGGGGGAAGGCGGUGGAUUCGGGUCUGGAGGAGGCCAUCGGCCUCCUGGGCUCAGCCCUGGACGACUAUCGGGGGCAGUUCCCGGAGCUGCAGCCCCUCGAACGGGAGCUCAAGCGCCUGGAGGAGAUGCUGCUGCAGAAGCAGGGCGUCUUCCUCAGCCGAGCCUCCAGCAUCAGCCUGACGGUGGAGCACGCGCUGGAGAGCUUCAGCUUCCUCAACACCUCCGACAUGGAGGACUCGGAGGGCUCUGAGGAAGAGCCUCUCCAAGACGAGAGGAGGGCUGGCAGACCCCGGCGUGGCAGCAGAGCCCCCAGUGCCGGUGAGACGGGGGCAGACGACACUGGCAUGUGCAGCGGCUCCGAGGCCAGCACCGACCCCUUAAGUACCGGCAACGAGUUCCUGGAUAAGGCCCUGGUGCUUCACCUCAACAAUUGCAACCGCCUGCUGCUGAAGCUGGGCACCUUCGGUCCCCUGCGGUGCCAGGAGAUGUACGCCCUGGACAGGCUGCUGCGGGAGGCGCAAGUGCUGGAGAUCGUCUGCCAGCUGACGGAGGAGCGAGCGGGAGCAGCCAGCUCUGCCGCCGAAGUGGUGCAGUUUUCGACGCGGAAGGAGGGGGUGCUGCCCCUUUGGGACUGCUGCGUGGAGGUACCCAAUGUCUACACCUGCCCUGUGGAGCGGUUCCUGCAGGUGCUCCGCGCCCAGUACGCAGCGCCCAUCAGCGAGCGGCACCCUGCGUGGCUGAAUCGGCGGCUGCCCCGGCGGCCCGGCAGCACCCAGGGCGAGCAGGUCACCAUCUUCCAGUACUGGAGCCACUUUGAGUCGCUGGGCCCCCUGGUGCUCGACACCUAUGUGAUGGAGCUGGCAGAGGAAGCGCUGCUGGCGCAGAACCUCAACUCAGACGACCAGGACGUGGUGCUGCGUGCCCUGAAGCGCGUACCCGAGGGCCGCCUGAAGAAGGAGGGACUGAAGGCGCUGAGCCUGCUCCUCGUGGAGGGCAACAGCAAGGUGGUGAGCGCCGUGUCGGCCCAGCUCCGCAGCUUAGCGGAAAACCCCCGCUUCCGCCAACGGGCUCUCGUGUGCUACCUGGAGCAGCUGGAGGAUGAGGAGGUGCAGACACGCGUGGCAGGGUGUGCGGCGCUGGGCUGCUUGAAGGCCAAGGAGAGCAUCGAGCAGCUGGUCUACCUGUGCCAAACCGACAAGGAGCCCGUGCGGGAGGCAGCCAAGCAGAGCCUGAUGCUGUGCGGGGAAGACGGUAAAUCAGCUCACCGGCGGCUGGAGGAGACCCUGGACAGCCUCCCGAGGAUCUUUGCCCCAGCCAGCAUGGCCAGUACAGCUUUCUGA